UGCCGUAGAAAGCCAAGCGACGAGAAUGACGUCAUCAUAACCCGUCAAAGUAAUUCAUCUUACAAGCAAUAAAACAAAUAGAAAAUACAACAUAAAUUAACUAAACGUUUAUCGUUUAUUCCACAUUUGUAUUUUUAAAUUCACGAGUGACUCGUCGUCAGAGGAGCGUGUAGCGGUGUGCGGCUCGCUCGCACUGCGGAGGGUGGGGACAAAAACUUGCCAGACCUCGCCCAGCCAUUGCUUCAUUCCGACGGGCAGCGAACAUUCAAGACGCCGCGAGACCGUCGCACCAUUUACACCAGGUUAACGUCGAAGGUGAAUUUUGACACAGUUGUGUCAAUAAAGUUCAUACACCAUGUUCAGGAAGACCUUAAAAAAGGACCCCGAGCUUUUUCAGAACGUGGCGGACGGGCUCCGGCAGCUUUACCGGACCAAACUGUUCCCUCUGGAGGACACGUAUCGAUUCCACGACUUCCACUCUCCUGCCCUCGAAGAUGCCGACUUCGACAACAAGCCCAUGGUGCUGCUGGUGGGACAGUAUUCCACCGGCAAAACCACCUUCAUUCGCCACCUCAUGGAGCAGGACUUCCCCGGUAUGCGGAUCGGGCCCGAGCCGACCACAGACUCGUUCAUCGCGGUGAUGCACGGGGAUCAGGACGGGGUGAUUCCUGGUAACGCGCUGGUCGUCGACCCGAAGAAGCCCUUCCGCAAACUCAACGCCUUUGGAAACGCCUUCCUGAACAGGUUCAUGUGUGCCCAGUUGCCCAAUCCUGUCCUGGAGAGCAUCAGCAUCAUCGACACUCCCGGAAUCUUGUCAGGAGAAAAGCAGAGGAUCAGUCGAGGGUAUGACUUUGCUGCUGUAUUGGAGUGGUUUGCAGAGCGCGUGGACCGCAUCAUCCUCCUUUUCGAUGCACACAAGCUGGACAUCUCCGAUGAGUUUUCAGAGGUGAUCCGGGCGCUUAAGAACCACGAGGACAAAAUGCGGGUGGUCCUAAACAAGGCCGACCAGAUCAGCACCCAACAGUUGAUGAGGGUCUACGGGGCGCUAAUGUGGUCCUUGGGAAAAAUCAUCAACACGCCAGAGGUGGUGCGCGUGUACAUCGGGUCAUUUUGGGCCCAGCCCCUCCUGGUGCCGGACAACAGGAAGUUGUUUGAGGCUGAAGAGCAGGACCUCUUCAUGGACAUCCAGUCCUUGCCCCGCAACGCUGCUUUACGAAAACUCAACGACCUCAUCAAGCGAGCACGUCUUGCAAAGGUGCACGCAUAUAUUAUCUGCUCGCUGAAGAAGGAGAUGCCGAGUGUGUUUGGAAAGGAUUCGAAGAAAAAAGAGCUGAUUGCCAAUUUAGGGGAGAUCUACUUAAAAGUGGAGAAAGAGCACCAGAUCUCACCUGGAGACUUCCCCAACCUUGCUAAGAUGCAGGAGCUGCUCAACGUUCAGGACUUCUCCAAGUUUGCCGCGAUGAAGCCCAAGCUGCUGGAGGCUGUGGAGGACAUGUUGGCCAACGACAUUGCCCGCCUCAUGGCCCUGGUGCGUCAGGAGGAGGCGGCGUUGCCCAGCAACUCAGUCAAGGGUGGCGCCUUCGAGGGAACCAUGAGCGGCCCCUUCGGCCACGGCUACGGUGAGGGGGCCGGGGAGGGCAUCGAUGACCUGGAGUGGGUGGUGAACCGUGACAAGCCUUCGUACGACGAGAUCUUCUACACCCUCUCACCCAUCAAUGGCAAAGUGUCUGGUGCUUCCGCCAAAAAGGAGAUGCUCAAGUCUAAACUCCCCAACACGGUGCUGGGGAAGAUCUGGAAGUUGGCAGACGUGGACAGAGACGGCCUCCUCGACAACGAAGAGUUUGCCCUGGCCAACCAUCUGAUCAAAGUCAAGCUGGAGGGCCACGAGCUGCCCGCCACGCUGCCCGAUCACCUAGUGCCCCCGUCCAAGAGGGGGACCACGCUGCACGAGUAGAGCUUCACUUCCUGUUUGGGACUCUUAGCACAGCAGAGAGUGAGGGUUGGGGGUGGUGAAUUAGGGGAGGAAUGUUGUCUAAAACUGCAGCUCUGGAAAAACAAAAAACAUUGGAAAAAAAAAAAAAGAAAAGAAAAAAAUCCACUUGACCUUUUGGGGUAUUUUGACUGUUUUUGAUUUUCUGCAAAUAAAUGCUCUAAAUCAGUGGUUCUCAAACUUUUUACCUGAAGUAAAAAAUAAAUAAAUAAAUACUUUGCUCCAAGUACCACCAUGACCAACCAUAAAGUACAGUAGGCUUAAGGGUUCAAUGAACACGAGCUGUUUUAUUCCUGAAAGGUAUAUGUAAUAUGUAAACAUGCACAGUUUGAAGUACAGCAUCACACUUAAAUGGAGGAACAUUUAAAAAAAAAAAACAAUGAUUGUAACAAUCACAUGAUAAUAAAUUGUACCUAAGUAUUUAAAAUUAAAUAUGAUUGUUUAAAUGGGUUGCACUUACAGAUAUGGGUUCGCCUUCAGCAGUAUUGUGACCCUUAUGAGGCUAAGCGGCUUGGAAAAUGGUUAGAAGCAUACCACUGAAAUGGAUCUGUUUGAAAAUUAAUUCAGUGAUCAGUUCGUGUCAGUGAGUAAUAUAUAUAUAUAUU